AUGCGACCCCGCCCGCCGCCGUCGCUGCUGCUGCUGCUGCUGCUCUGCGCCUCUCACACUGUCGGAGCCCUCCCCCGGCUGUGUGAUGUGUUGCGGGUGCUGCGGGAGGAACAGGACCAGUGCCUGCAGGAGCUCUCCAAAGACAGGACAGGAGACCUGGGCACGGAGCCGCCAACCCUAGGCUGUGAGGGGCUUUGGGACAACAUGAGCUGCUGGCCCUCCUCUGCGCUGGGACAGACUGUGGAAAUGGAGUGCCCACGAUUUCUCCAGAUGCUCACAGGCCGAAAUGGUUCCAUGUUUCGAAACUGCACACAGGGCGGCUGGUCGGAAACCUUCCCCAGGCCUGACCUGGCCUGUGGGGUUACCGUGAAUGACUCGUCCAACGAGAAGCGGCACGAGUACCUGCUGAAGCUGAAGGUCAUGUACACCGUGGGCUAUAGCUCCUCCCUGGUGAUGCUCCUGGUCGCCCUCAGCAUCCUCUGUGCUUUCCGGAGGCUCCACUGCACCCGCAACUACAUCCACAUGCACCUGUUUGUGUCGUUCAUCCUGCGCGCCCUCUCCAACUUCAUCAAGGAUGCCGUGCUCUUCUCCUCGGACGAUGUCACCCACUGCGAUGCCCACAGGGUGGGCUGUAAGCUGGUCAUGGUCUUCUUCCAGUACUGCAUCAUGGCCAACUACGCCUGGCUGCUGGUGGAAGGCCUCUACCUUCACACACUCCUCAUCAUCUCCUUCUUCUCAGAGAGGAAGUGCCUCCAGGGAUUUGUUGCCCUCGGCUGGGGUUCCCCAGCCAUUUUUGUUGCUUCGUGGGCUGUCGCCAGGCACUUUCUGGAAGAUGUUGGGUGCUGGGACAUCAACGCCAAUGCGUCCAUCUGGUGGGUCAUCCGAGGGCCUGUGAUCCUCUCCAUCCUGAUUAAUUUCAUCCUUUUUAUUAACAUCCUAAGAAUCCUGAUGAGAAAACUUAGAACCCAAGAAACAAGAGGAAAUGAAACGAACCAAUAUAAGCGUCUGGCCAAGUCCACCCUCCUGCUGAUCCCCCUCUUCGGAAUCCACUACAUCAUCUUCGCCUUCUCUCCAGAGGACGCCAUGGAGAUCCAGCUGUUCUUUGAAUUGGCCCUUGGCUCAUUCCAGGGCCUGGUGGUGGCCAUCCUCUACUGCUUCCUCAACGGGGAGGUGCAGCUGGAGGUUCAGAAGAAGUGGCAGCAGUGGCACCUCCGUGAAUUCCCACUGCGCCCUGUGGCCAACUCCUCCUUCAUCAAUGGCACCAGUGGCCUCACCCAUGGCACCAAGACCAGCACCCUGGAGCCGAGUCAGAGCACCUGCAAGGCCAGCGUCAUCUGAGAGGCUGGAGCAGGGCCACCCUCAGACAGAGGCCAAGAUGGGUCCUGAGAGGGCUGGACACUGUUGCAGGACAGGCUGUCUUCCCAGCAGACAUCAUAUGCUUACUCCUAUGACUAGUCACACCCUUCCUCCAGGCCUCCAGGGGUGGGUGGGGGCGCGUGUGGUGACAAUUCCUCAGAACUGAAGGAACUUGGGACACUGUGGGGCAGGAAGAGGGCAUGGGAUCUGGGUCUGUUGUGUUCUCCCGGGAAGAGCAGUUCAGGGGUCCCAAAAGUGGGCAGGG